UCCCUGCUGGCCCAAAUGGUCGAGACCAACUCCCCGCCGGCGGGCUACUCCCUCAAGAGAUCGCCCAGCGACCUCGGCGAGCAGCAGCAGCCGGCGCCCCAGAUCUCGCGCUCCCCGGGCAACUCGGCCGCCUACCACCUGACCACGGCCAUGCUCCUCAACUCGCAGCAGUGCGGCUACCUGGGCCAGCGGCUGCAGUCCGUGCUCCAGCAGCAGCACGCCCACCAGCAGUCCCAGAGCCAGACGCCCUCCUCCGACGACGGCAGCCAGUCGGGGGUCACCAUUCUGGAGGAGGACCGGCGGGGCGGAGCGGCGGCCGCCUCCCUCUUCACCAUCGACAGCAUUCUGGGCUCCAGACAGCAGGCCGGAGGCUCCGCCGGUAGCCAGGGCAGCCACAUCAUCAGCAGCAACGGAGCGGUCCCCAACGGACUCACCUCGAACGGCAUCGGACUGGGACUGAAGCGCAGUGGCGCCGAGUCGCCCGCCUCGCCCAACUCGAACUCCAGCUCCAGCGCCGCCGCCAGCCCCAUCCGCCCGCAGAGGGUUCCUGCCAUGCUGCAGCAUCCCGGCCUGCACCUCGGUCACCUGGCGGCGGCAGCGGCCAGCGGAUUCGCCGCCUCACCCUCGGACUUCCUAGUGGCGUACCCCAACUUCUAUCCCAACUACAUGCACGCGGCGGCGGUGGCCCAUGUGGCUGCUGCUCAGAUGCAGGCGCAUGUGAGUGGGGCAGCCGCCGGACUGGCGGGCCACGGGCACCACCCGCACCACCCCCACGGGCACCCGCACCACCCGCACCUGGGGGCGCACCACCACGGACACGGGCAGCACCACCUGGGCCACCUGGGCCACGGGCCGCCGCCGAAGAGGAAGCGCCGCCACCGCACCAUCUUCACGGAGGAGCAGCUGGAGCAGCUGGAGGCCACCUUCGACAAGACCCACUACCCGGACGUGGUGCUCCGGGAGCAGCUGGCCCUGAAGGUGGAUCUCAAGGAGGAGCGUGUUGAGGUGUGGUUCAAGAACCGUCGGGCCAAGUGGCGCAAGCAAAAACGAGAGGAGCAGGAGCGGCUGCGGAAGCUGCAGGAGGAGCAAUGCGGCAGCACCACCAACGGCACCACCACCACCACCAACAGCGGCAGCAGCGGAGCCGGCAGCACCACCGGAAACGGCUCCGUAUCCGUAAAAUGCCCCGGAUCCGAUCACUAUUCAGCGCAACUAGUGCACAUCAAGAGCGAUCCGAACGGCUACAGCGAUGCCGACGAGUCCUCCGAUCUGGAAGUAGCAUAAGAAGGGCGUGGCAGGGGGUGUAUAUAGUGAGAGUUAGCCUUAAGUUGUAGGAAUAUUUCAAGGGCCAGGAGAUCAAUGUCGCAAAGAAACACAUUCAUUUAAACGUUUUAGGGGGUGUAGGCUGCAUUUAUCAGUAAUUCUAAAACAAAAAUUUGUUAAUUGAGUUAACAAAAUGAUUUAUUUGUUGAAUUCUUCACAUGACUGAGUACUUAAAAUUAUUUAUUUUAAAGAGUUUAUUAAAAUGGACAUUGACACUAAGGCCCUUAGCUCAUAAGUUUUGUUUUGUACAUAGAAAUGAAUGAACAAAUUCUCAAGCAUUUUUUGUUACUCAGUUAUAAGUUGAACAGAAGGGCGUACUAGAAAAGUAUUUAAUUAUAUUUAGUAAAAUCUGUACAGUAAUAAUUUAACGCCAACAUGUGUGUGCGCGAAUGUAUUGUAUUACGUGUGAAUGCAUUUUAUCUUAAUUGUUUCGUGUCCCGUGUCCAAGUCAAAAGUAAACGCAUCUAAUAUACAAAUCUCCUCAAAAGAGUAUUGAUAAAUAAGAACAUACCGUACUAGACAAAAGUUAAGUGUCAUUCCUCCAACGAUUAAUUCUAAUGUUAAAACUAACUUAUUGAAAACCGAAAAUAAAACAUAAAACUC